CUCAUGUCUAUCCCGGAGAACGACUUCUUACUCGAACUUGCACGCAAGUACGCGAAGGAGUUCGCCCGGGUGCGUGUGCCUAGCGGCCCUUGGAUUGAGUUCAUGGGAUGCAUGUACGGGCGCGUCGCGGUUCGGAUCCUCGAUGUGUACAAGACGGUACGU